CACCUUGUAACUCGGUACUUAUGGUGCAUUAUGAGUUAUAACUCGACAUUAAUUAUUAUUCAUUUUUUGUUUAUAAUUGACACUUUUAUUAGCGACUUAAUGAUCAUCAUUUCCAUCUUAAUGAUCAAACUGUAAUAACCGAGAGAGUGUGAGAAAAAAAAGAAAAGAAGAGAGGGGAGAACACGUGGGGGCACAUGCCCCCACUUAAAAUUUUAUUUCUCUCUUCUCCUCUUCUUCGACACUCCCCCCUCCCCUUCAGUUCUUCUUUCUCUUUCAUUUCCUCUCAAAAAUCAAAAUGUAAAACCCUCGUUUCUCUUCUCUUACCAACUAGAUUUCUUCAUCUCUUCUCCUUGUAACCAACCACCCAAUAUCAUCAAACUCACCUUUAUCAUCUUGCUUUCUUUUCUUCUCUACUCUACCUCUAUUAAUCAAAAUCUCAUUUUCUCAAAAUCCCAAAUCAUGGAAUGUCAACUUAAUGAGUGAAAGAAGCAUUUAACUUUGAGUUCCAAUUAUUAUUGAGGCUUCAAGAGUUGUAGAGUUAUUGGACAUCAUUUGGUAGCUCGUUGACGUGCUCAGAGUUGCUUCCGGUUCUUUGAAAUCAAGUUAUACAGGAGUCAUUCCAGGUUCCAUUCCACCUGCCUCUCAGUAGAUCUUAGUCAUUUUGGUGAGCCCUUCUUCUUUCCAAGGGCUAAGUAAUUAUGUAAUGGAACCUUGCUCAAAAUUUAGAUUAUGUCAAUGCUCCAUAUGUCACAGGCAGGAUCCUCGUGUGGGUUAUGUUAUUUUGAAUCUUGAACUGUUUAGAUAGUAAUUAUAAGUUGGUUAUGUAAGACUUAUGGAUUUGAUUAUAUACUUUAGUUAUCAACUUGAUAUAUAUGAUGCGUAUUCUGGAUAUAUUUGGUUGUGGAUAUGGUUGGAAUAUGUUGUUGUUGUUGUCUUUGGAAAUGGAUGUUUAUUAUCGAUACAGGGAGUUAAUAUUUAUAUUGGUAAGGUCCUAGAAACAUAGGAGGUUCUGUCCGUUUUUCUGAAAAUUCGGUCGUUUGGCUUGCUGAGGGACUUGUCCCUUAAGCGCCAGUCAUGGCUUGGUUCGGGUCAUGACAAAAUGGUAUCAGAGCUUUAGGUUUCCCUGUGUAAUAUGGAGCAAGUGUUCUUUAGUAAGAUCACAAUUGUGCAAAUGGAAGCCGGCCCAUUUUCACAAAGUGUGAUGUUACUAGAGGCCUAUAGGAAGUUGUCCUCGAUCUUUUGGUCUUAUAAUUCUUUCUGUCUGUCCUAUUGUCUUUGAACUCCAUAUACAUAUGUCGUUGGUGAUCCAAUCGCUUUAUUUACUCAAUAGGUGGAAGAUGCCACCUAAGAAAAGACGUGGUGGAGCUGUUAAUGCUCCUGAUACUGCUGAGUCCAAUAGGGCAGUUUCUCCGUCGCUUGGAGCGCUUCGACAAAGGCCAAGGAGCCAAAGGAUAGCUGAUAGGCGCGAAGAAGAGAACCCCGCAAUAAGAGAGGCUCAACCGGACUUAGCGGUUGAAUUAAGGGGAAUGAAUCAAACCCUUAAUGCGGUAUUACAGGCCCUAACAAAUCAAAAUAGGGGCGGAGCAGGCAUUCCUAGUAUGCCAAAUCCUCAGCCUCAUAGAGUUCAUCAAUUGUUUGGGGAUCAAAAGCUGCCAAUUGAAAAGUAUUUGAAGUUGAAUUCGUCCACUUUCAAUGGAGAUUCAUUGGAUGAAGAUCCACAACAAUAUCUAGAGGAUGCAAAGAAAGCUAUUCGAGCUUUCAAGUGCACCAAAGAAUGGGCUGUUGAGUUAGUAUCCUAUAACCUGCGUGGUUCAGCAAGAUAUUGGUAUGAGUCUCUUCUUGAGAGCAAAAAAGCAGAUGGACUUCCUCCUCCUUCUUGGGAAGAGUUCACUGAAGAGUUCCUCGCUCGAUUUUAUCCAGCUAACAAGCAAGUAGAAGAUGCAAUUGCCUUUGAAAGAUUAAGGCAAGAGAAUAUGACAGUGACUGAGUAUGCUAAGAAGUUUAAGACUUUCUAAGAGUGCUCCAUACUUGGUAAAUUCAGAAGAGAUAAAAGUACGUCGGUUCGUUCGUGGGUUGGCAGAACCUAUGCUCACUACUCUUAUGCCUGAAGUCGGACGCAUGUCUUUUAAGGAUGUCCUAAACUCUGCUUAUGGAAUUGAAGCUGGGAUAGCGGAGAGAAAUACUUUUAAGGAUGUUGGUAAGAAGCCUAAAAUGAAGAGACAAUUUUCUGGUGGAGCUAGUUCAGGAGGAUUUCAGUCUCAUCAUGGUCAGACUAAUCAGCAAGGUUAUUCGGGAUAUCGAGCUCGUUCUCAAGCAUCUUUUGGUGGGGUCGCUUCUUCUGGAUCUGCUCCCAUGAGUGUUUCGAAUCCCAGACCUUUUGUUAAGAGCACCUCUCAAUCUAGUGCACAUGGUUCAAAUCAGACAAGGCCAGCUCAGCCCUAUUGUCUUCAGUGUGGGAGUUACCAUUCUGGUAUAUGUUUCAAGGCUACUGGUGCAUAUUUUGGUUGUGGUCAAUCUGGUCAUCUUAGGAGGGAUUGUCCAAAUCCAAGAGGAGGCUUUGCUCCUAGUAUUGCACGUCCUACAACACCAAUGCCAUCAUCUUCAUCUAUGUCUAUUGGAAAUUCUUCUAGUCCUAGUGGCAGAGGAGCAGGUGGCAGGGGUCAGACUUAUAACAGAGGAGGGAGCCAAAGAGGAAGAGGUCAGGCACGUGUGUAUGCUUUAACACGUUAAGAUGCUCAAGCUUCUAAUGCUGUGGUGGCAGGUAUCCACCCCCUUGUUCUCUCAUUGCUGACGUAUACCUCAUCUUGGUUCGGGCCAUGACACAAACGGUCAUAACAUAAAUAUCAUUCAUCAAAUUUAAGUCUAAAAAGGACACUAAUUUCUAUAUCUCAACAGACAAUGCAUGAUAAGUUAUAUUUCAUGUCUUACAUUCUAUAUAUAUAGAAUUAUUAUAAACAAAACACAUGAUAAAUUCUAUUUCAUAUAUUACAUUUUAUAUUCAUAGAAUUAUUAUAAGGAUACACACGUGAUAAGUUCUAUUUCACGUCUAACAUUCUAUAUUCAUAGAAUUAUUAUAUGCCUCUUAAACACUUACUGACUUGAGCGUCGGAGUGUCUUUUGUAGGUAUCCACCCCCUUGUUCUCUCAUUGCUGACGUAUACCUCAUCUUGACGGAGAGCUUACACGUAUUCACCGGCGGACGAGUUAUACACCGGCCAAUCUUAGCAAGAACAAUUGGCGUUGUCUGUGGGGACGAGUAAAAUAAUUCCUACGCCCCUCAAGUUCAUAAAACUUGAAUUACAUUCAUAUUUUUGAACUAAUUUCAACAAUCUUGUUUAAGAUUUUAUUUAAUACUUUUUAUAAA